AUGUCCUCCGCAACCAAACAACCAAUUAUCGAAAUCCGUCUAGCCACCCUCACCGAACAGCCCAGCAUAGCCCGACUCGCCGCCCGUGCAUUUCACAAUGAUGUCCUCUUCGGACAUAUCAUCCACCCUUACCGCCACGCCUACCGUUCUCACAUGUCCCGGUACUGGCUCUCUCGCAAUCUCAUUGCCCAUCUCGAUCCCUGCCACCGCAUCAAUGUUGCUGUCACUACCUCUGGGAGUCGCAAGGAGAGGAUCGUAGGCGUCAUCCACUGGUCCCGGAUCGCUCCUUCCGCGGCAGACAAUUAUGCCGCUGGAUGGGGCUACGCAUGGUGGUUCCCACAACGAAUUCUUCACUUCUUGGUCUCCAAUGUCGUUUGGCUUGCAUAUAGAACCAUCUGGCGGAAUCGUGCCGCUAGCCCAGCCCAAGAAUGCAUCAUCGAGGCCAGCGAGGCAUCUGGCUGCCUGGAUCACAUCUGGGAUCCUGCCAAGAACCGGUGUCCGAGCUGGUAUAUCGAAUCGAUGGCCGUGGACCCAGACUGGCAGGGCAAGGGCGUCGGCCGGCUGCUGGUGGAAGAGGGAUUGAAACUGGCUGAGCAGGAGGGCGUGAGUGCCAGUGUUAUCGCUGCAGAUGGCAAGGAGGACUUUUAUCGGAAGUGUGGGUUUGUCACGGGACCGGUAGGGAGAAGUGGGAUGGGUGACGAGAAGAAGAAUCCGUUGUGGGCUGUUCCAGGAGGGCUGCUUUUCUUUAGGGAGGCGCCUGGGAAGAGGAUGGCGGCAGAGGCCGAGGACAAAGAGGUCGAUGAGUGUGUGAAGUGGCUGAGGAAGGAUAUGGAGAAGGGAUGGCGGUCGUCUUGGCUCGAGAGUGGGACUGGGAGAGAUCUCGGCCGUGGAGCUGGCUGA